UGAGUGUCUUGUAGUAGAUCGUCAUCUAAACUCCAUUUGAUUUUGUUGUUCUUGUUAUGCACUUCAGUAGGAAUAUAGAAAUGUUGAGUUUUCAAGGCAUGAUUACUUUGAUCCCAAAGUUGUUUCCUAGUUAUCAACUUCUUUAUUAGCUUCUCUUUAUCAGGAAUCAGUUGAUGUUUAGUGAUGAACUUGUGAUUAAGUAACCUUGUCGCCGAAUAUCGUUCUGGACAAUUCUCUUUAAAACAUUUACUCAAGAAAUCUUUGAAUUCGGAAGAACAUUUUAGCCCCGACAAUUGAAUCAAAUUUACAAAGUCCCUGUCAUGUUGACAUUUAGAGAUCAUUCGUAAUGCCUUCAUAGGAGGAUAAUCUGUUUGUAAUGGUGGUUUUCCCGUGAACAAUUCAUAAGCACAACAUCCCAAGGACCAAAUAUCUGCUUUGAAACUAUGACCUCCGUGAUUAUUGACAAUAACCUCGGGCGCCAUCCAAUAGGGUGUCCCCACAGUAGUAUUCCUCCGGGAGAAAUUCGACGACAAUUGUGUAGAUACUCCGAAAUCUAUCAAGGAGCUCUUCCACCGAAACGUAACACAGAAACAUUCCAAGACUUGUUCAUUCUGAAAACCCUUUCCCUGACCAAACACACGGAGAGUGAACAUAUAAGAUGCACGAUAUUUGACCAGCAAGGUAGUAUGGUCCAGCAUGGUAAAGAAAUCCGCAAGUCUGAGUUUAUGAAACAGCAUAAUUUGGUUCCCCGAGAUUUCCGGAAAUUGUCAAGGCAUCAACAGGGGUUAGCCACAAAUGUCACUGGGAUAAACUUGGAUAUCGUUCCUUCGAUCGUGGCUAGACAAGACAGCAUAUUGUUAAACAUCUUAAACAUCCGGGCCAUGAUCAAACAUGAUAUGGUGGUUGUGUUUGAUAGUACCAAUGGUGCAAGUUCUCAACGACAAGAAUCGUACUCCCAUCUGACUUUUCUUAAAGAAAUGGACGAGAGAUUGAGUGGGAAUGAUAGUUUACCAUACGAAUUUCGUGCCCUUGAAGCAAUCCUAAUUAGUGCUAUUUCCAACCUCACUAUAGAAAUGAAAGUUCAUCAGACUGUGUUACUGCAUAUUCUCUCAGGGUUGGAUGAUUCAAUCGAACGGUAUAAACUUCGAUACUUGUUGAUUCAAUCCAAGAAAACAGCCCAGUUUCAAAGAAAAGCGAUUUUGAUUAGGGAUCUACUUGAAGAUUUACUCGAACGUGAUGACGAAUUGAAUGAUUUGUAUCUUACCAACAAGGGACAAGGUCAACCUCGCCAAGGAUCAAAUCACGCCGAAAUAGAAAUGUUGUUGGAGUCAUAUUAUAAAACUGCUGAUGAAAUUGUCCAAACCAUGGAAAACUUGAAAUCACAAAUCAAAACCACUGAAGAAAUUAUAAACAUCGUUCUUGACUCAAAUAGAAACGAGUUAAUGUUGCUUGGAUUGAAAUUUAGUACUGGGUUACUUUCAAUGGGUAUUGCAUUGUACAUUUCUGCAUUAUAUGGUAUGAAUUUAGAGAAUUUUAUUGAAGAAUCAAAUGGUGGGUUUGAAGUCGUUGUGGUUGUGUCCGUGAUUAGUUUGGCUGUUUUACUCCGUUUUGGUGUAAAACAACUCCGUAAAUUAGAAAAGAUCACCAUGGACAGAGCUCCUCAUGAACGGUCUAAGAAAUUGCAUUGAACUUGUAUAUAUACUUGUAUAUAAAAUCUACAUUGGGAAGGAUAUUGACUAUUCAAUCUUGACUGUAGGAAGUAAAACGCUACCUGAUCUAACGGGACUUGAUUCCCUACUAAUCACCGGAGAACGAGUAGGGGAUCCUCGUGGAGAAGGUUGUGGUGUAGCCCUAGUUCUAAACGGACGCAAGGAAAAUUCCCCACUAACAGGUCUAGGACUUUUGAUGCUUAAAGACAUAUUUGUGGUUUCCUUCUUUGGUGUAGUUGGUAUAGUUGGUUCUGCUUCAGGUACAACUAAUGAUACUCUCUUCAACAGAAGUCCAUUCUUUUCAGUUUCUAACCUCUUACGUUUGAUAGUUUGCUCAUUAUCAAUAAGUUUCUUUAACAAAUGUGAACGAACUUUCAACUUAAGUAAAUCUUGAAGGAACUUGACAUAUGUUUCAAUAGGCGGUUUAAAUCCAGAUGAAUGCUUCACGACCGAGGGUCUCAUUAUGAGAUGUACAAAAGGAACAGCACCUAUCUCAUCCAUUGAAUUCAAUUUAGCAGCAACUUCUUCUAAGUUGGCUUCAUCCUCUCCCUCUUCAAUCUCAUCAGAAACUUCAUACUGAGAAAUCACAGACAUGUCGAAAACCCGUGAAAUAUGUUCAAGUACAAAUACCAAAGUAGCAAGAUUACUUCUGGGAAUAGUAGAAAGCUGUUUCAACAAUUCAUCAACCGUGUUUUCUUUGCUAUAGAUAUGAGCUAUUGAAUCAUACACCACAAAUGGGAUACAAGAAUCACUAAUUUCCAAUAACCAACUCUUGAGAAAACAAACCACAUUUUCGAUGCUCUUUCCCUUUAAAUAUUCCACCACUUUAUUUAAAAAUUCACCUUGAAUUAGUCUCUCAUUAGAGAUUUCAGCAUUUAAGUCUGGGGUGAAAUUAGAAAUAAGCAUGAUUAUAUCUUGUUUAAUUUCCCAUACUGAUUGAUAGUCAAUUGGGGAUAACCAGUAUUUACGACAUGAUUCAUGGUCUGUUUCUAUUAUUUUGAUGGCUUGAUAUAAGAUGUAUGGAAUCGAAGUGAUACUUAAUAAUGAUGCUGGGUACAAUUGCCCAACUUGCAAUUGUAAUGGGAUAUCCUUGUAUAAAUUAAACUGGUACUUUAGAUUUUGAUAAUGAGCGCCAGAUUGUCCUGGUGAUUUCUUGAC